AUGGCUUUUGUAGCAGUAAGAAACGGUGAUUUUAUAGAAAUAGCAGGAGUGGAUGAGAAGUCUGAUUCAAUGUAAGAAUCAUCUGUAAGAAAGCCCGAAAUAGAUAGUUAAGAUUAAAAUAAACCUGUUGAUUACUCAUACGCAAAUGCUAGCAAAGCUUAUUAGCUUUUGAGUGAAAAAAAUAAUGUUCUUUCUGUAUAUUCUUCAAAUCCUAAUCCAAGAGGUAGCUCUGUUUAAUACGAAACUCCUAAAGAAAGGUUAAAUAGGUUGCAAGCUGAAUUUAUUGAAUUUAAAUAGGAGAUGGAGUUUAUUGUUGAAAAAGAGAAAUCUAUUUAAAUUAAUAAAGAUGAUACUAAUAGCGUGAUUUUAAGUUAAAUUGAAAGAAUUUAAAGCGAAAUGCAAAGUCUUAUCAGUAGUGAUGAGGUUCGUCGUGUAUUAGAAAAUAAUUUAGAUAUUUCUGAAAAGAGCGAUUUUUCAAUUGAAAAUACUUUAGGUCUACUUAAAAAAGAUUUGUAAAACGAUCUUACCUAAAAUAUAAUCAAAAGAGUAAAAGCUUUAAACUAAAAAGGCUUAGAAGAAGAUAUAACCAAUGAAAAAUCUUCUAAAUAGCCUGCUAAAAUCGAAAUUUUUAUUGAUCCUUAAUAAGAAAAAAUUUAUGCUGACUCUAAAUUUAUAGAAAUUGAGAAGCGUGUCGCCAAUAUUGAAAAAGCUCUUGGAACUGACAAAUUAAAGAGACAAGAAUUUGAUUUAGGUACUUCUUCUACAAACCAAUCAUCCACGUUUUCACUUCUUGGAAGAGUAGAAUCCUUGAGUUAAAGUGUAAACAUUUUAAGUUAGGAAAAAUCUGAUAUUAUAUUGAAGAGAGUUAUUGAUCUUGAGUCCUAAAUAGAAAAGAUUAAUUCAAAGAGACCUGCAUUAGCUUAGUAAAACUAAAUUUAAGCUUAAGAUUUAAAAAGAAUUGAGUAUUUACAUGACAGAUUCUAAGCUAUCUCAGGCGUAGCUGAUGAAUUACCUUAUAUAGUAGAUAGAAUGGAAUCUCUCAAAGUUUUGCAUGAAGAAUCUGCAGGAUUAAUGAAUCACAUCCACACUCUUACUUCCCUCCAUGAAAAAAUAGUAAAAGGAAUUACUAAUAAUGAAUAGCUAUUAAAUACAGUAAACAGUAACUUUACUUCUAAUCUUGAAAAAAUAUUAAACAAUAUUAAGCUUAUUGAAGAACGUAUUCAAGCACUUUAAAAGUGA